GACUAUUCGAAUGGUCCUUCCAUAGUCAUCUGUAAUAACCUGACGACCCCGAUCGUUUUAAACUACAAGGUUACUUAUGUUAUGUUAGGUACUUCUAAAGAUAGUCAAGUCGAGGCUUCUCUUGAAUCGCGUCUAAACAAGCUCGAUGAAGUUGAACGAAAGAUAAGCCUAAUUAUUCAGCACGCCGGUAGUGCGCUUGAAGAACUUUCAAAAGAUAAACCCACGGUAAAACAAGUCGAAAGUUGCACACAUAACUUCCGAACAGUUAUUAAGGAAGUAGAGACAGAAAUGAACUCACACAUCAACUACCUGUCACAUAUUUCCGCGGGACUACCGUAUGAGGGGUGCACUUACGACAAAGCAAUUGACCUCUAUCAGACUCUUGACCAACUAGUUGCUGCCAAACGUCGUUUAGAUUCCUGUUUGUAAUUGUCUUAAAUAAAACUUCCCCACAAAUGUUUUCUCUUUUAACACUGACCCUAUGUCCAUAAUCGGAUUUCUGCUCGUUUUUAAGUUUUUUAUAGGUUGCAUAUAAUGGAGUCAGACCCAGCAGUAACGAGUACUGUUUGCGAAGGUGUAUUACACCCAGAGAACAAAUGGAACGUCCCUACUGAUAGUCCUAAUCCAGUUAGAAACUCAAAUAUCUUUUCAGAUGAUGGCCUUACCAUUCAAAAGACACCUUGGAAUGAUUUAAAUGACGCAGAGACAGCGUCUAGUGUAGGCGAGUCUUCAAGGCGAAACAGCAAGUACGAUGAUAAUAUGCCUGUUCAUUCCGCAUGUCCCGAGUUUGAAAUCCCGGAAAUGGAGUUCGACGAAUUUGAGUUGGAAUUAGCUGCUGAAAAAGAGUUUUCGUCUGACGAACAGUUGUUUCAAUCUGGUCGUAUGACACCAGAUGGGUUAAUCGACGAAGACUUUGAACAUGAACUUGGAUGCGCAGCCAAGGAGCUCAGUGUUCAAGAUGUAAUUGAUUCUGAUUAUCCAGAUAUUUCUCGACUGGGUGUAUUACAAGGUGCAGGAGAUGAUAAACUCGGUCGUAAAAUAAUUGUUUUCUCCGCUUGUCGUUUACCAGCAACUGAUUUAAUUGAUCAUCAACACCUCCUCAUGUAUAUUACUAAAACAUUGGAACAAUAUGUCAGUAUUGAUUACGUCCUAAUUUACUUCCACUUCGGACUUACUAACAAAAAUCGACCUAAAUUUAAAUGGCUUGUUCAAGCUUAUAGAACAUUUGGGCGCAAUUUUCGUAAAAAUUUGAAAACACUUUACAUAGUACAUCCUACUACUGGUAUAAAAAUUUUAUGGACUCUUUUCAGACCAUUUAUCAGUUCUAAAAUGUCAAAUAAAGUAGUUUAUGCUGAAACAUUAUCCGAAUUAGAAGAAACUUUAUUCGUUGAUCAAUUGCCAAUACCACAACGUGUUUUAAACUAUGAUAAAUCCAUUGUAAAAUAUCUACCACCAAGAUCUAUUCCGAAAAUUCAAAAAGAUUCUAAUUCUCGAGUAUCUGCACCUUAUAUGCCAUCGCUGCCUGACUCUGCUUCAGUAUUCUCUGGUGCAUAUGAAGAACAAUGCAAAGAUGUUACUCCAGAUCCUCAACAGCAAUUUAAUGUUAGCUUACAAUUCAUUAAAAUGAAUAACGGUGGUCGUUCUAUUCCUAUUGUCUUUGAAGAUGCUAUCGAUUAUCUACGCGAUCGUGGUUUAACAACUGAAGGAAUCUUCCGUCGAUCUGUCAGUCUGAAACAAUUACGGGAUGUACAGUAUUUAUAUAAUAAUGGCGAAACUGUCGAUCUACGAGAUUAUGAUGAUCCUCAUUUGGCAGCUGUUCUAUUAAAAUCAUUUUUACGUGAACUUACUGAACCAUUAUUAACAUUUGAACUGUAUGAUGAAAUAUUAAAUACGAGUGGUCUGGGUGCGAAAGAAAAAGUUGCAUUAGCUAAAAAAUUAAUUCUUAUGAAGUUACCUGAUGAUAAUUACGAAAUAUUAAAUUUCCUGAUAAGAUUUUUAACAGAGGUCACCACUUAUUCUCAACAAAAUAAGAUGAAUGCAGCUAAUUUAGCUGUUGUAUUCGGGCCUAGUUUAAUUUGGUCAAGGAAUCAAGCUUCAUUGACUGCCAUCGAUGUGAUUAAUGCAUUCACACAAAUACUAAUUACACAUUAUGAGUGUAUUUUCACUAAAUAA